AUGGCGAGGAGUAGAUCGUCGUCGAGCAGGUGGAGAUAUGUAAACCCAGCGUAUUAUUUGAAGAGACCCAAGAGAUUGGCUUUGCUCUUUAUAGUGUUUGUCGGCGCCAGUUUGGUUGUUUGGGAUCGGCAGACUCUAGUUCGCGAGCACGAGUUAGCUGUUUUUCAGCUUCAAGAUCUAAAAGCUGGUCAAAGUGGAGCAGGAAAGGAAAAUGAUCGUCACACUAAUGAAGCGAGUAGGAAUUCAGGUGGUUUCGAUGAUCCAAUUGACCUUGAACGAAGAGAGAAAGUUAAAGAUGCUAUGAUUCAUGCAUGGAGUUCAUACGAAAACUAUGCUUGGGGUCAUGAUGAACUCCAGCCUCAGUCAAAAAAUGGUGUCGAUAGCUUCGGUGGUCUUGGAGCAACUUUAAUUGAUGCUCUUGACACUCUGUACAUUAUGGGAUUGAAGGAUCAGUUCCAAAAGGCUAGAGAUUGGGUUGCAGAGUCCUUGGACUUUAACAAGAACUAUGAUGCCAGCGUCUUCGAGACAACCAUAAGAGUUGUUGGUGGACUUCUCAGUGCAUAUGAUCUAUCGGGAGAUAAAGUUUUCCUUGACAAGGCUAAAGAAAUUGCUGAUAGGCUGUUGCCUGCUUGGGAUACUCCCUCUGGUAUUCCAUUUAAUAUUAUAAACUUGGCUAAUGGGAAUGCGCAUAAUCCUGGCUGGACUGGGGGUGAGAGCAUCUUGGCAGAUUCUGCCACAGAGCAGAUUGAAUUCAUUGCGCUUUCCCAACGAACCGGUGAUCCCAAAUAUCAGCAAGUGGUGGAAAAUGUCAUUAUAGAGCUUAAUAAAACCUUUCCAUCUGAUGGCUUGCUUCCCAUCUACAUUAAUCCGCACAAAGGGACAAGAUCAUAUUCAACGAUAACUUUUGGAGCCAUGGGGGACAGCUUCUAUGAGUACUUGCUCAAGGUCUGGAUACAAGGAAACAAAACCACUGCAGUGAAGCAUUAUAGGGACAUGUGGGAGACAUCCAUGAAAGGUCUUCUUAGCUUGGUGCGGAGAACUACCCCAUCUUCUUUUACUUAUCUCUGUGAGAAGAUUGGAACUUCGUUAACUGAUAAGAUGGAUGAACUUGCUUGUUUUGCUCCAGGAAUGAUAGCAUUGGGAUCUACCGACUAUGGUCCUGAUGAAUCUAAGAAAUUCUUAUCUCUGGCUGAGGAGCUAGCAUGGACCUGCUAUAAUUUCUACCAGUCCACACCAACAAAAUUGGCUGGAGAAAACUACUUUUUUAAUUCAGGACAGGAUAUGAGUGUUGGAACAUCGUGGAACAUAUUGAGGCCAGAGACAAUCGAGUCACUCUUUUAUUUGUGGCGUUUGACUGGAAACGAGACGUAUAAAGAGUGGGGCUGGAAUAUUUUCCAAGCGUUUGAGAAAAACUCCCGCGUAGAAUCGGGAUAUGUUGGACUAAAGGAUGUGAACACUGGUGUGAAAGACAACAUGAUGCAGAGCUUUUUCCUGGCAGAGACACUGAAAUAUCUAUACCUCAUGUUUUCACCCCCUUCGGUUAUUUCCCUUGAUGAAUGGGUUUUUAACACAGAGGCACACCCUAUAAAAAUCGUGACCCGCCAUGACCAAGUGAAUACAUUGGGAAGGUCAAGUGGAAAACAGAUCGAAAUUCGAUCACGUACCAGGAAAGAAGGCCGGUUUAAUGGCCACUAA